UGAUUAGAUCACGCCGACAUUUCGUGAUAAUUUUGUUGACAUACGUUCGUUCCAGGUAUGAGCACUGUUAGCGCAAAUGUGUCACGUAAACGAGAUAUGAUUGCACGCUCUUUCAACGAUUGAACUGAAAUUCUUCGGAAAACUCGAUCUUGCCUGUCAAUGUAACAGUAGGUUAGAAAUUUACUCGUGAAAAUGCAAUCUAAACGAUUAGACGAUCACGGAUUAUUUACAAUGGACAAUAGCAGACAUUAAAAUAUGUGAAUGGUCGGGGAAAAAUGUAUCUACGUAAACUCAGAAAGAAAAAAGAAAAUGUUGAGAUAUAUUUUAGCCAUCGUGAUACAUAGAGGUUAAUGAAAAAUCAACGCAAAGAUGCGAUCAACUUUCCCAAUUCAAAAUAAAACAUAUCCUUUCAAUUACUCAAACAAAUAACGUUUCCCUGUGCGAACUAACAGAAAAUGCCGAAGAAAUGUAAAGAUCCCAUUUGUCCAGCAAAUAGACAUGCCCCUGUGAGCGACCCACAAAAAGGCAAAUCAAGAAAGUCAAAAACAGUUUCUACCAUUGGUGCUGUUGGGAGACGUCAGAAUGCAACUGGACUAGAUACUGAUGUAAAAAUUUGCAAAAAUAAGAAAUGUCAAGCAGCAACAGUAACCGUGGAGUGUUCGACAUCGAUGUCCCCAACUCGCAAGAUAUGUGUAAGAAGCUUAGCCUCGAAUAAAUUCUCAAAAUGGAAGCGGAAAAAGUGCCAAGAUAUAAAAACAAUUUGUCAUUGUAACACGCAUGAGAAAAUGGCCACUCAUAUCUCUCAAAGACCGAAAAAAAUGAGAAAUAAAAAACGCAGCAGACGAAGAGGAAGCAACCAGAAAAAUAAAUUUAUGUCAACGCUUUGCAUAUGCGUUAGAAAUUCCGAUUCAGACAGCUAAAUGUUAGAAUGGAUGGAACGUUUGUACACUCGGACGACCAAAGUUUCACAAAUAGGAUCAAUUAUCGAUUUUGUCCACUGUAAUAGCUCACUAGAAUUUCUCGUGACUCUACUAAAAUAUUCUGCACUGUAAUUUUCAUCAUUACGUUGCAAAAUAUUUGCAAACAAAAUUUCUUUGACUUCUUUUGAAUAAGUGAACUGUUAAUAUAGAAUUUAAAAAUACUUAAAAAGUAUUUUAGACAGUUUGUAUAGAAUUUUCAUAUGGAAAAUACAGUUUUUCAUUGCAGAAUUAAUUUUGUGAUUUUAAAUUCUAAAUUCUGUAUGCACAUUUUUCCUAUUUUUUAAUAUUUAAAAUUUUGAUAUAUAAUUUAAUUCCUUGACUUUUCGUUCAUAUUUCUGCGAAUAACUGACCACACGUAUACCUAUUUUACAUACCUAUUUUACGACAAUAAUAUAAUAAGUUUUUUUUUUAAAUAAAAGAGCUCUAAAUAUAAAUAGGUACUGUAUAGUAUAUGUAUAAUGAUCAGACUGCGGACUUUUUGCAAAAUAAAAACUGUCUUUCUCAGUUACAAGAA